GGUCUUGAUUCAGCAGGGAAGACAACCAUACUGUACAGACUCAAGUUGGACGAUCUGGUGACCACCAUUCCUACAAUAGGUUUGUUAUAUACGUCUGGUUAUGUAUGUACUGACCACCAUUAACAUAAUAGGUUUGUCAUUCGUUCCUACAAUAGGUAUGUUAUUCAUUUCCACCAUAGGUUUUGUAAAAUAUAAAGCUGGGUAUGUAUGUUUUCGCCACCACAGAUCUCACUUGCUUCUUAUUACUCGAUGCUCUGACGACCACAGGUUUCUUGCGUAGACUGGUUCUUGUAACUGUCAGCUUUGAACCAGCGACGUAGCAUCUGGUGACAACCACCUGCGUUAACCCCUUUUGCAACCCUUACUGGAAGUCCCCCAACUGUAUUUAUAAGAUUGUCAAAAAAUAUUUGGUUGAGGUCAUGUGCUGUAGAGGUCAUGUCUCUUCACUACAUUCCAAUGGUUAGUCAAACAUCUGUUAUGUUCAAUCCUACUGCCCCCGCCACCACCCACCCCCACACACACACCAACGUUACCUCUUAGCGUUAUAUCCUAUAUGUGCCGCUCAUCUUCCCAGGGUUCAAUGUGGAGAGCAUCCAAUACAAAGAUCUUCACCUGACUGCUUGGGACAUUGGCAGCCGAGACAAAAUAGUAAGUCGUUGUGCUUCUCGAUAUUUUUUUCGGUUUUAGUUUUUAAAGGUCUCGUUAUCAUGAUUGUAUAGUUGUGUUGUAAGAACAUUAAUCCGACAAGUGGGGCAAAUACUUUUUUAGAAUAAGAUUUGGUUCAAAGGGUUAUAAUAUUUCAUGGGGCACAAUCACUGUUCAAUUUAGUGGCUCUCCCACGGCACUUGUAUUUUUUUUUUAAAGAUCUUAGCCAUCAGUUGACCAAACAUCAUUAUGCAGAUAGAUCUUAGGCAUCAGUUGACCAAACAUCAUUAUGCAGAUAGAUCUUAGGCAUCAGUUGACCAACCAUCAUUAUGCAGAUAGAUCUUAGGCAUCAGUUGACCAAACAUCAUUAUGCAGAUAGAUCUUAGGCAUCAGUUGACCAAACAUCAUUAUGCAGAUAGAUCUUAGGCAUCAGUUGACCAAACAUCAUUAUGCAGAUAGAUCUUAGGCAUCAGUUGACCAAACAUCAUUAUGCAGAUAGAUCUUAGGCAUCAGUUGACCAAACAUCAUUAUGCAGAUAGAUCUUAGGCAUCAGUUGACCAAACAUCAUUAUGCAGUCUCGCUCCGCUAAUGCGCUGGUUAUGUGUUUACUAAGUGGUGGCCCAUGUCUCACUUGCAGCUAUUAAUGUAUUCCUUAACAUUUAACAACUGAUAAGAAUAGUUAAUUGAAAUUGAAGGAUGAGAAGGCAAAAAAUCUGUUCACUAGUGCCCUUACCAAAACUAAUCGCAAACGUAGUAUCCUUGGCCUUGACGUUUGCUUUCCAUUUCCAACAGCGCCCCCUAUUCCGGCACUACUACAAAGGAGCAGACGCUGUGGUGUUCGUCAUUGACAGCCACGACCCCGAGAGGCUGGAUGAGCUGAAUUAUGACGUCAUCAAACCCGCAGUCAACGCCGAGGAGCUUACGAGUGCCGUGUUUCUGUUCUUGGCCAACAAAAUCGACCUGCCCGACACCAUGUCAGUGGAGGAGAUUGCCGAGCGCCUGGGCCUGAAAUAUCUCAAACAUCCAUGGGGUAAGUGGACAGUUUUAAAAAACAAACUUUUUGAUCUCCGUCAGAUUCAUUGUCAUGUGACUUUUGGACAGCCUAUGCCAUUAUUACGAGACUUGAUUGAAAAUGUAUCCAAUCCACAAAGACUUAACACAUUUUAAAAAAAAAAAAAAAUUUCCCAUUGCAAUCCCCAGGUAUCAUUCCUGUCAGUGCCGUCAGCGGAGAAGGCUUGCAGGACGCCUUACAGUGGCUGGCUAUACGGCUCGGCUCCGCUCAGGUCAAG